CCCCUUUUCCCCCCCCUUCUCACUCUCUCUAAUGUGUGAGCUGGAAAGCUUAUAAAAGCCUGAUGUAAUCCUUAAUGCAGCCCCUGGCUAUGUCGUAGACCGAGGCUCGCGCGAGUUUUGGGGAGGCAAAGAGGGGCGAAAUCCGGGAGCAGAAUUUCUGGAGGCGAAGGGAGAGCAGAGGCGGAGGAGGCGGAGAAGGACGACGGCGAAGAGAUGAUUCAGGGAGGCAUAAAAGAAGGUCUUUAAGGCGCUGGAUGGAUCUUGUCGCCGCCCCCCUCCCGUCCUCGAUCUCCCCAGGAAAGGAGAGGGAAGCGGCCACCCUCCUCCGACGCUGCGCCGCCGCUUGCCAGACGCUUCGCCUCGCCGUUGGGAUCUAAUUCCUGCCUGGGCUUCUUGGCGGCUCCCAGUCGAUCGCCGGCGCUGGCUUUGGGAUCCACGCAGCCUCCCCGUCCCCGCGACUCCAACGCCGCCGCUUUGUUAAGGAUUCCCGCGUUCCUAUCCUUCGCCUUUUUGAUACCGAUCCUCAUUCAAUUCCACUUUGCUGUUUGCUCGGGGGCUGCUUGGUUUUGGGUUGGAUUUUAUUUUUUGGUUUUAUUUUUUUAAAUUCCCCCCUUUGGACCGAGAAACCAAAAGGUUCUUUUCCGUGCGCGCGCGCGCGCGUUUUAAAUUCGGGGGCAAAGUUUUGCGUGUGUGGUUUAGAUUUUUUUUUUAAUGACCAUAUAUAUACACAUAUAUAUAAAUUUUAAGAGCGGGUUGGUAAGGAAAAGCUUCUGCUCUGUGCGCCCCCCCUCCCUCCUUCCUCACAUACGCCGCCGAGCGAAAUCCUUCUGGACUCCCUACUAGCCUAUGGCCAUAUCCUGCUUCCUUUCGGAUUUGUGCACGGUUUCCCUUUGGAAUGUGAUCCACCCGGGGCAACGGAUCUCCUCGCGCGGAUGAGCUGAAAGGUAUUCCUCACCGAUACCACAAGAAGGCGCUGGAAUCCAAACAUGGGAAGCCUGCCUUAGUCUUGCGUCAAGCCUGGAGCGGUAUCUCUCACUUUUCCUCCUGUUAUGUCCAAGAUCUGCGCUUUGCCCGGCCGUCGCUGUGAGUUCCAAAGGACCAGGAACCUAGGAUGAGGAGAAGCGCCGGAUUUUCCUUGAACCCGCUUUUGUUAUUGCCAUUUUUCUUGGCCUGGACAGCCGGGGCCCUCGACUUAGGCCAGUCUUCGUGCACCACUUUGGUCCAGGGCAAAUUUUUCGGGUACUUCUCCUCUUUUGCGGUCUUCCCCCUGAAUUCUUCCCGCUGCUCGUGGAUCAUCCAAAACCCCGACCCCAGGAGGUACACCUUGUACAUGAAGGUCCUGAAGCCCACCAGCGUAUGCGACUACCAGCAGAUACGGACGUACCAAUUCGACUCCUUCUUGGAGUCCACCCGGACGUACUUGGGCAUGGAGAGCUUCGACGACGUGUUGAACCUUUGCGACAGCUCCACCCGCUACGCCUUCCUCCAGUCCAGCAAGCAGUUCCUCCAGAUGAAGCAGACCUUCUCGGCUUUCGAGAGCAGCCCCGUCCGGUGGAAGCCGGCGAAGGCUCCGGAACGGGACUUCUCGGUGGAAUACCUGGUGGUCGGCAACCGGAGCCCCAGCAAGGCUGCCUGCCAGAUGCUCUGCAAAUGGUUGGAUACGUGCCUGACCACCAGCACCAGCUCUCACCCUUGUGGCAUCAUGCAGACCCCUUGCUCUUGCUCCGGAGGAGAAGCCCUGGAUCAGCCCAGUGAGAUCCUUGGGUUGACCAAAAAGAAAGACGAUUGCUUUAAGGGUGGGAUUUACCUGGAGAACUGCCUGAGCAGCCCAAAGGACAGCAGCGGGCUGGAUUUCCUGGGUGGAUGGAACCCUUGGUCGACAUGGGGAGAAUGCACCAGGGACUGUGGGGGAGGCCUGCAGACUCGAACCCGCACCUGCCAGCCCCUUCCAGAAGACGGCCUCAUCUGCGAGGGAGUGCUGGAAGAAGGCCGUUUGUGCAACCGGAAAGCGUGCAAUC